CGUCUUGGGUCUCAGGGUUGCCACCAAUGACGAUUGGUACGGCACUCGGAUCAGAGCUUGGUACCGAUCCGUCUGAUGGAGUUGAGGUUCCAGAUGUGCCAGCAUUGCCAGCAUCGCCCGUGCCGCCUCCCUGGCUACCACCGGGUCCUUUUCCCGCCCCUUCGCUAUCGCUGCUUGAAGGUGAGGCUGCAGGCGAGGAUGCUGUCGACUGGUCACCUUCCCCGCCUGGGCCGACUGACAUUGUACCGUCGGACGUGGGACUCGACAUUGGACCGCCUGCACUAGAAUCAGCUGAGCUGCCACUACCAUUGGGUCCUUUCCCUGCUCCUUCGCCACCGCUGCUUGAAGAUGAUCCGGCGGGCGAGGCUGGUGUGGACUGGUCACCUUCCCCACCGGGACCGACUGAGAUUGUACCGUCGGACGUGGAACUCGACGUCGAACCACCUGCACUAGAAUCAGCUGAGCUACCACUCCCACCGUCGCCGCUUGAAUCCGCGCCUUGUGGCUCAGAUCCAACAGGAGAGGAGGAGCCUGAAGUCGCUCCACCGUCCGAGCUUUGCGGCUGAUCACCUGCUGCAGGGCUCGUUCCGCUCGAAGUUGGUGGGGCACUGACCGCAGAGCUCGACGUUGCCAAGCCCGAGCUGGGUUGUGCAGCGGCCGGCGUGGUGGUUGACGCGCUUGCAGGUGUAGAGGGAGAAAAAGGCCGACUCGUGGGCCUGC